AUGAAAGUAACCGUACGCAACUCUCCCUCGCUCAACCAGAGCAGCUGUCACAUUGUGAAGCCAUUGGGAUGCGCGCGCCAGUCUGAUCAGUCACGCAGCUCCCGCGACCCAGUCCUGCGACCUCGUUCGUCCCAAUUGCCUGAUCCCGCGGGUUUGGCGGCGCGGGCGCUGUCGCCCACCAGGCCGCUCCGCGGUGGUGCUCCCUUCUCGGCGGCAGGCAACGCAGCGGCAAAGUUGUCGGAACCAAUUCCCCAGCCAUCUUCUCACGACCGUCACGACCCUAACGACCCAGCAACUCCCACCCUACACCAGCGCCAGCAGCGCCGCCUUUCGCAACCUACUCCUCCGCCUCGAGCUCACUCUCAGACGCCCGGGCAACGAUCUACUCCAUCUUCGCAACACCGCCUGCGUCGGACGCCCAAGUUCUCCGCUUCGCCGAGCCCAAGGCCCGAGGAACAGCAGACCCGGCACCCACAAUCGCAACCUCAUACGCCCGCAAAGGUCACUGUCACUCUUGGUCCCCGGGGUCAGUAUAUAUUAGCCGGUGCUGCGGACAAAGGUAAGGCACGAGCGCGACCACGCCGACCCACGCGACAACUCUCUCAGGAUUUGAGCAGUGAGGACAACGAGGACGAGUCUCCUUCCUCGCAGCGUUACAAGACCGAGGUCGACGCGCCCGAGCCCGAGGCCGUCCUCCGCAUUUCAAAGCGCACCCACCGCGCCAUCUUGUACACGCUUGAGGAAUUGCUACGUGGUCCGAAUAAGCUCAGCUCCGACCUUGUUGAAGAAACCGCCUCAAUGGCCGAUUUAAUGGGAGGUGGUAUACCUACCUCCAACGACAAUGGCGCGUCUUCCUCGAGAAUACCGGCCGUUCGACCUCCCGGCGGUUCACCAUCCGGGAUUAGAGGUCCCCGAAAGAUCAUGCAAGAACGAGCAGCCCGAGAAGCGAGACAACGCGAGGAACGAGAACGCUUGGAGCGCGAGCAUGCCGCCGAAGAUGCUCGCUUGCUCGAGGAAGCAAACAGAAGAGAAGCGGAGCGCAGAGCAGCAGCUGCUGGCGCUGGUAGAACUGGACCGGGAUCUGUGCCUGCCGGCGCGGAUCCUGGCUCUUCAACAAGACGACCUACAGUCGGUAGCUCGGGUCGACCUGGUGCUGAUAACGGCGCCCAUCCAGGAUCGUCUCGCGCAGCCGGUACUCAGGCACAACCUGCGCAGCGCCAGACGACCGUGCCGCCUCAAGGCCCCGCGGUAGAGAAUACAGCAGCUGCACCAUCAGGGACCCAUCAGACUGCAGCUGCAUCAGACCCGGUAGCUGCAGCGGGCCGUGGUAGGAACUCGUUCCCGCAUGCAUUCGAACGUUGGGAGACCCUCUCGGCGCACUGGGAAGGCUUGACCAGUUUCUGGAUACGCAAACUGAAGCAGAAUGCGGAUGAGAUCAACAACGAUCCUGUAUCUCAGCAACUUGCUCGUAACGUGACAGACCUCUCAUCGGCAGGCGCAAAUCUAUUCCACGCCGUCGUAGAGUUGCAGAGACUUCGCGCCUCUUCAGAGCGCAAAUUCCAGCGCUGGUUCUUUGAGACGCGCGCUGAAAUGGAGCGCAACCAGGAGGUCACCGCAAUGCUAGAGGUAGCGUUGGAGGAAGAGCGUCGCAGCCGAGCGCAAGCGAUCCAGGAAGCCUUGGAGCAUGAGCGCGGCAACUCCAGGAUACAGAAGCAGCUAGGUGAGAUGCGCAAGGAGUUGCAGAUAUCGAAGGAAGAAGCCCGCCGUGCAUGGGAGGAACUCGGCCGACGAGAGCAGGAAGAGCGAGAUCGUACUGCAUCUCUACAGUCAGGCCAGCCCACCAUAGUUGGCGGCGUCCAGGUUGUGCCCAUGACGCAGGGUGUCAGUCGACACAGCAGUCGUCGCGAUCCCCAGGCCUAUGCUCCCACAGAGCCUGACUACAGUCAAGCUUCGGGCUCUCGACCAGAGUACACCCAAGCACCCGCCGUCCAACCCGUCACCGCAUCGUCAUCCGGGGGUGCCUCUUCGCAUCAAGCACCGGCAACUGUUCAUCACCAAGGCAGCUAUGGUUCCGAAGGCACCUACAGCGAAGGUGAGUACACAAUCGAUGCGCAGGGUAAUUUUGUCCGAGACUCUCGGGGACAUAUGAUCCCUUUCCGCGCUCCCGUUUCAGACAAUGGUUCUGACGAUGGACUAGAAGAGUUCGAGACCCCUGGUGCUCAACCCGCCGGGCAAUACCCGACGACUUCUGGUGCGCAGCCUCAGUACCCUCCCGCCGCAGAUUAUACCGGCCAAGGUUACAGUUCGGGGUGGGACAAUGCGCGCCACCACCACCCUACUCGCCUGAGUGACGUUCUCGAGGAGGAAGAGGAACGCAGCCGUACGAGCGCGAGCCAAAGCCAAGUCAGCCGCGGCUGA